AUGUCUUCUCAGGGCCCAAGUCGGGCUGGGUCGGCGGCAUCUGCCCAUCCCGUUGACGACAUUGGCUUCCCACGCGUGUAUAGUAUCACGAACCAGAUCUUCCACCGGCAUUAUGAUAUCAACUGGGUGGAUAACCAGCCUCUGUUUUACGGCGAAAUAUCUUUGCUCACACCAAAUAAGCCUGGCCUUACUUUCCAUACUGGUACCAGCACCCGGGCCCCAACUGUGGCCGUCUCCAAUUUUUUGGAGUCAUCCGGUGACUACAAAAUAGGCAUUGGGAAUCCCGACGAUGUGAGCGCCGUGCAGCGGGAGAAUAUGGCCAAGGAGCUCAUUCACAAACCAAAAUACCGGCUCGAAAUGACAGCUCAAUGUGGAUAUGAUCAAACUCAGAGCGAGGGGCGGUCAUUCCUACGGAAACAAACACGAACCGUUGGCGUUGAGAAUUCAGUGCUGUCUCGAUGGACUGGCCGGAACUAUAGGCGCGUGGAUGGGCACACCGAGCAAAUUCUUGGCGUCUUUUCAGGUGCGAAAGGACUGGGCAAAGGUGAGAAACUUCAAAUCAGAGUGGAAUACGGAGAGGGCUUCAAUCGAAUGGUCUUAAAUUUCUUGUUCGAGUCUGUGUGGGAAGGCGAGGCGGCGCAGACAGAGUGCAUCCGGUGGUGGUGGGGGCUGAAUCGAGUGUCAUUGUUCCAAUGUAAUGUACACGAGUCCAAGCGAGCGCUAUGUCAAUCGAGAGGGUAUCGUUGA